AUGGCGAGGUUUGGUGUAGAUCGAGUUUUGCCUCGAAUCUUCAAAUCCAGAUUCGAGACGAUAGGAGAUGAUUCGAGAUCUUUAAUUAGUGGGAAAGACUUGACGGAAUAUGAAGCAGAAGAAUCUCUUGAUUAUUUGUUGGAUGGUGCUGAUGAAGCUUUAAUUAGUGCUUUUUUUGUUCUUUUAAGAACUAAAGGUGAAACCUUUGAAGAAGUAGUCGGAUUGGCAAGGGCAAUGAUAAAGCAUUGCAGACAAGUGGAAGGCUUAAGCGACGUGGUUGAUAUUGUUGGAACAGGAGGGGAUGGUGCAAACACGGUGAAUAUCUCAACAGGUGCUUCAAUACUUGCUGCAGCUUGUGGUGCAAAAGUAGCCAAGCAAGGUAAUAGGUCGAGUUCAUCCGCUUGUGGGAGUGCAGAUGUAUUGGAAGCACUAGGCAUUGCCAUUGAGCUGGACCCUGAGGGGGUGAAAGAGUGUGUAACUCGAGCUGGAAUAGGUUUGAUGAUGGCUCCAAUAUAUCAUCCAGCGAUGAAGAUUGUCAGACCUAUCAGGAAAAAGCUUAAAGUAAAGACAGUGUUCAAUAUCUUGGGCCCUAUGUUGAACCCAUCAAGAGUGCCAUUUGCUGUAGUUGGAGUUUACAAAGAAGACCUGGUACAUUUUCAACUGUUGAAUUACACUAAUAUCACUUGUUCUAUGAAUGUAGCUUUAAGAAUCUUGUAGUCUUAAAUUAUGUGAAUUGAGGUGCUAAAUUUUCUGGUCUUAUCUUCAUUCUGCCCUUUGGUUCAUAGCUUUCUGACAUGUUUCAAUGUUAUUCUUUAUGUGUUGUGUACAUUCAUUUGGUGAAUGAAACAUCUCUUGUUGUCGGUCCACAAAAUGGCUAAAGCAGUCCAGAGAUUUGGCAUGAAAAAAGUAUUGGUUGUUCACUCAGAAGGCCCAGAUGAGAUGAGUCCUCUUGGCCCUGGAUUAGUCCUUGAUAUCACACUAGACAAUAUUGAGAAGUUCUCCUUUGAUCCAUCGGACUUUGCCAUCCCGCGUUGUACUCUAGAAAGCUUGCGAGGUGGAGGGGUCCAGAUUACAAUGCCGAGAUGCUCAAACGCGUGCUGUCCGGAGAAAAAGGGCCGAUUGCUGAUGCAUUUCAACUGCUCUCCUAGUAAGUGGACAUGUUAAGAAUCUGGCUGAAGGAGUUGCAUUAGCUCGUAAGACACUAGUCUCCGGCAAAGCGCUGAAGACACUUGAUCUAUGGGUAGAGGUUUCGAAUGAGGUGAAGGAAGCAGUACCUCAGGUCGCUUGAUUGAUCUUCUGCAUGAACUCAUUUAAAAUGCCAAACUGACCAUGUUAAGUGCAUUUGACCAGACAGAUAUAUUCUUACGGCUCAACUUCGCUGCUAAGUUAUCGUUAACAGAUUCAAAAUCAGAGAAAGAAUGGAAGGCACUACUCAACUUUCAAUUUUAGCUCGGAGAAGGAUCAGAGGAAAGGGUUUAAAAAAACUGUAGCUUUGGCUACUGAAAUUUGUAAAGCAGCUGUAGAUUUAUGUACCCAUUGCUUGUAAUACUCAUUAGUGACAAUGACCAAGCAAAAGAAUAACCAAGUGCAGAAAGAUGUUCCACAUUUGAUGUUCCCUCUUCACGAACUUGUACAAUCACUACAAAGAUUCUAUUAUCAAAGAAAUAAGGAAAGGGGUGACAUUUGGCACCAUGUA